GAGCAUGCGCUUCCAUCCUCACUUCCUCUCAAGGAGGGAGUGAGAAUAAAGGCGACGCCCUAGCGCACCAGCUGCCCGCUCCGCGUCACAGGAACUUCAGCACCCACGGGACGGACAGCGCUCUUAUCCACCUGAAGACCUCACUCCAGAGCGACCAGAGCCCUUUACUCCGGAGCUCGGCAGAGCUCUACCAGCCGUGGGUCCCGCUACUCGCCCUCCCUGCGCCCGCCCUCCUAGCUCUUCCUGUUUUUACUCCUCCUUUUCAUUCAUAACAAAAGCUACAGCUCUGGGAGCCCGGCGCCAGGCAGUUUCUGAAGCCAAGCAUAGAAGAAUGGGUUUCCUUUGGACUGGCACUUGGAUUGUGGUGUUGGUGCUCCACAGUAGCCCAAUUCAAGCUUUCCCCAAACCGGCAGGAAGCCAAGACAAACCCCUACAUAAUAGAGAAUUAACUGCAGAAAGACCUUUGAAUGAGCAGAUUGCUGAAGCAGAAGCAGAUAAGAUUAAAAAAACAUACCCUCCAGAGAACAAGCCAGGUGAAAGCAAUUAUUCUUUUGUUGAUAACUUGAACCUGCUAAAGGCCAUAACAGACAAGGAAAAAAAUGAGAAAGAAAGACAAUCCGUAAAAAGCUCCCCAAAUGAUAAUAAAUUGAACAUGGAAGAUGUUGAUUCAACCAAGAACCGAAGACUGAUUGAUGAUUAUGAUUCUACUAAGAGUGGACUGGAUCAUAAAUUCCAAGAUGAUCCAGAUGGCCUUCAUCAGCUAGAUGGAACUCCUCUAACUGCUGAAGACAUUGUUCAAAAAAUUGCUACCCGGAUUUAUGAGGAAAAUGACAGAGGAGUAUUUGACAAGAUCGUUUCUAAACUGCUGAAUCUUGGCCUGAUCACAGAAAGCCAGGCACACACACUGGAAGAUGAAGUUGCGGAGGUUUUACAAAAAUUAAUCUCUAAAGAAGCCAACAAUUAUGAAGAACUCAGUAAACCAACAAGCAGGACUGAGAGUCAGGCUGGCAACAUACCGGAGAAAGUGACUCCAAUGGCAGCAAUUCAAGAUGGUCUUACUAAUGGAGAAAAUGAUGAAACAGUAUCUAACACCUUAACCUUGACGAAUGGCUUGGAAAGGAGAACAAAAACCUACAGUGAAGAUGACUUUGAGGAACUCCAAUUCUUCCCAAACUUCUAUGCACUACUGAAAAGUAUUGAUUCAGAAAAAGAGGUAAAAGAGAAAGAAACCCUGAUUACUAUCAUGAAAACGUUGAUUGACUUUGUGAAGAUGAUGGUAAAGUAUGGCACAAUAUCACCAGAAGAAGGUGUUUCCUACCUUGAAAACUUGGAUGAAACAAUUGCUCUUCAGACUAAGAAUAAGCUAGAAAAAAAUGUUACUGACAAUAAAAGCAAGCUUUUCCCAGCCCCAUCAGAAAAGAGUCAUGAAGAAACAGACAGUACCAAGGAAGAAGCUGCUAAGAUGGAAAAGGAAUAUGGAACUUUGAAGGAUUCCACAAAGGAUGAUGACUCAAACCCAAGAGGAAAGACAGAUGAGCCAAAAGGGAAAACAGAAGCCUAUUUGGAAGCCAUCAGAAAAAAUAUUGAAUGGUUGAAGAAACACAACAAAAAAGAAGAUAAAGAAGAUUACGACCUUUCCAAAAUGAGGGACUUCAUCAACCGGCAAGCUGAUGCUUAUGUGGAGAAAGGCAUCCUUGAUAAAGAAGAAGCUGAUGCCAUCAAGCGUAUAUACAGCAGUCUGUAAAAAUGGCAAAUGAUCCAGGAGUCUUUUAAUUGUUUCAGAAAACGUAGUAUAGCUUAAAACACUUCCGUGAUUAAAGUUAUUUUGACCCAAGGUUUAUUAGAAAGUGCUGAAUUGCCAGUAGUUAACCUUUUAGAAGUGGUUAAAACAUAGCUUUCUCGCCGUAAAAACUAUCUGAAAAGUAAAGUUGUAUGUAAGCUGAAAUUUUGUAUAUAGAAUCCUUAUUUCCUUAUAGAUUUACAUUUUAUAACCAGAUAUAUGUUGCUUUGGAAAAGCCCGUAAUGGACUGAACUUAAAACUGAAACUUUUUCCCACUGUGUGACACUCAUAAACACCCCCUGAAGAAUUAAGGGGUUCUGUUUUCAAGGCAUGCUGGGUACCAGAGCACCUCAUAGAAUGUCUGUUACAAGAUGUCAUUUCCAUACCUGUUCCCUUUUGGGAGUUGAAAUAAAUUCACAUUUCCUCAAAGCCUCUAUAUCUUAAAGUAUAGCUAUCUGCUCUUUUGGCUGUUCCUGCUGGCUCUUUAUCAGGCCCAAUGGCACAAAAAAAGGAACCUGAAAAUGAAUGGGAUUUUCUGCAUUUACUAACAAUUUCCCCCCAUUCUCAACAUUUUUUGUUUGUUUUUAUGUCUGCACCCGAGGCUUAUGGACAUUCACAGGCCAGGGAUUGAAUCUGAGUCACAGCUGAGACCAGCUGGGGCAGUGCUGCAUCCUUUAACCCACUGGAUCAGUCUAGGGAGCAAAACUGAGUCACUGCAGUUGGAUUCUUGACCCACUGUGAUAGUGGGGACUUUAGCAUUUUCUAUUAGUGAGUUUUCAGACAUUGAGUUUUUCUCUUAAGAGGGACACCUAUAUACCUUCCAAGAAGACAAAUGAGGUCAUAAACACUACAUAAAGCAAGGUAAAAAGUGAUGCCAAAUCUGAGUUAUCUAACUGAUCUUGAUCCAAGUUAAGGUUUCUCAACAGAGAGCAAGAGGUCCAGGAGGUAGAUUAAGUAUAGCGAUAACAACCAUUCCCUUCCCUGUGAACCAAAGCGGGUAGAUGAGUUUCACUAGAGGCCAAAGUUAAGGAAACUCAGAGCCCUGCACUUCCUCUUCCUCAGUCAUCACCACAAACACAGUCCUUAAAGCCACAUGCAGGACCCAAGAUCUUUCUGAAGUGUUAUAGGCAACAUACCCAAACCAAAGAAUGCUUUGAAAAUGUAUUAUUCAGUUGAAAUUAAUGACAAAAUAUUUUUCUAUUAUAUUUCAGUUAAAAUCAUGAAAAUAACACAAAGGUGUGUAUAUCAGCUGUCAUUACUUCUUAUGGGCUUCUAAUACCUGUCUUACAGGCCCAUACCUCACUUUUUGCUGAGGACUGGGAAACACACACAGAGAAGCUACAAGAGGCUGUUUUCACAGGUAGGAGACCACUGCUCUCCUCAUCCCCUCUAGAGUUGCAAAAACAAAAGCCAUGGUCUGAUACACACAGAGACAAAACUCAGCAUGUUCUAGAGAAACCAAUGUCCACUGGGGAAUGGUGAGAGGGAAAUAAAAACAUCUUUGCCCGAACUAUACCUGCUAGAGCACGAUGAGUCAGACAGUGUGAAUGAGUCAUCUUUAAUAAUUCAAUUCAAUCCUACCUCACCAAGUCCCAUAGUCCAAACACACUGUGGCUUCUACAUUAGAAUUAACUGGUUGUGACUCGAGCAUUUUAUACAUUCACUUUUCUAUGAUUUACCUAAAUAUCUAUGCUGUAUUUUUACAAAUAAGACAUUUACUAAGGGAGUUCAUUACAGCUUUCAGAACACAUUGACAUUCCUUAGCUACUGUUGAUGACCAAGACGGAAAGGAGAUCUUCUGUCCUGUGUUACACACGAGGAAACUGAUUCACAAAGAGGGCACAGGAAAUACUCAAACUCCAAUGGUCAAGCAGCGGUAAAGCCGGGACCGAGGUUCUUGUCCCAGCUUCUUCCUCGACACUGUUUCUGUGUUCAAGGCAGCAACUAAAGGCCCCUAGCCCGGGACAGUUCAAUUGCCAAUGGUGAAUUUAAAGUUUUUAGUAACUUGAAGAUGAGGGGAGAGAUGCUUUGGCUAGAAAUUGUAAGACCUUAGACAAAAAUAAAAUACUCAGAAAAAUA